AUGCUAUGGGCUAGCUGGAAAGUUCAAGAGCCAACCAGGGUCACAGUGUUGAACCUUGUGGGCUGUCAUGAAUAUUUCACUCGAAGGGGGUCAUAUCUUCAACACCUCCACAAAUCCUCUGAUUCAUGCUGUCAGCAUGAGUGCAAGAGACUUGAUGAUUCAGUCCACUGCCAACCCAUACGCAGAGACACACCCCAUGCCUUGCACAACAGUGCACCCACACAGGCCACACCUGACAUCACACCAGAUCCUCAGCCAUUUGGUGGGGAUUAUUUUGGUGAUGACUACGGAGAAGAAGAUUUUCCCUUUGUAAAUGAUGAAGAACCCAUCCAUGUUGAUGUUCACCAUGAUGGGGGUGUGGCUGAGGAAGAUGAGAAUGCACCGGAGAGCAAUGAUGAGGACAUUGAACACACAGGGUUGGACCAAGACAAACAUGAGCAGCUUUGUAAUGCUCCAGUCACUAUCAAACAUUUCAGGGGUGAAGCUGGUGCUCCAUUGCACAACAUGCCUCAAGUGAAGAGAUCCGAGUACACAAAUUACUCAGCCAAUGUGGAGGGAAGCGCAGACAAUCUAUGGGCACCAUUUAAUUCCCAGAUAGAUUGGGAAGUUGCACACUGGGCAAAAGUCCAUGAAGCACUUGCUCUGUAUGGUGACCCCGAGCAUGCACAAUACCUGUCUUUCACACCAGAGAGACACUAUGUGGAUGCAGACAAAACUCAGUGUGAACGGUGGUGGGCAACCCAAGAAGUUGUGGAACAAUCAAAACCAGGGGCGACAAUAAUUCCCAUCAUCAUCUCAUCAGACAAGAUACAGAUCAUGCUGUUCCAAAACAAGACUGCAUAUCCCGUUUAUCUUACCAUUGGUAAUUUACCGAAGUGCAUCCAACACAAACCCUCCUGCCAAGGUCAAAUUCUCCUGGCAUAUCUGCCAACAACAUGUCUCAUGCAAAUUGCCAACAAAGCUUCACACCAUCAUACCUUGGUGAACCUCUUUCAUGCAUGCAUGUCACGCAUCAUACAGCCUUUGAAGUUAGCUGCUUUUAUCAGGGAUUACCCUGAGCAGUGUCUUGUCACAGGGACAAUGAACAGAGACUGUCCUGUCUGUACCUGCCCCCACAAUGAGCUUGGCAAACACCCCUCUCAACACAAACUACGUGAUCUCGAUGCAAUUUUGGAUGCACUCGAACUUCUCAGAUCCCCACAAUAUACUCAAGCCUGUCACAGUGUUCAAAUCAAACCACUUCAACAUCCCUUCUGGAAAGACCUCCUGUAUCUCAAUAUCUUCCAAUCUAUCACACCCGACAUUUUGCAUCAACUUUACCAAGGGGUAAUGAAGCACAUGAUCAGCUGGAUUACUGAGAUUGUUGGCACUGCAGAGGUAGAUGCAUGA